CGAACCCGCAACUACAUUUUUGCAAACUUACCGAUUCGUGAAAGAAGGAUCACUCGAACCUUUUUCAUUAAGCCGAUUGACUCCAACCAUGUGCGGCAUCCUAGCCAUUUUCCACUCGUCCAUCGAAAGGCACCGCCUGCGCAGGAAGGCCCUGGAGCUGUCAAAGAAGCUGAGGCACCGGGGCCCCGACUGGAACGGAAUCGUGGUGGAGGAAAACGAAGACGGAACGACCAACGUGCUGGCGCACGAGCGGCUGGCCAUCGUGGACGUCCUCUCGGGGCACCAGCCCCUGUACGACGACGCCCAGGAAGUGUGCCUGACCAUCAACGGAGAGAUCUACAACCACAUGGAGCUGCGAAAGCUCCUUCCAGAAGACACCAUAAAAAAAUUAACUAGCCAUUCUGACUGUGCAGUCAUUCCAAAUCUUUAUAAAAAUUUUGGGGAGAAAACGCCCUCCAUGUUGAAUGGGAUUUUUUCAGGCGUUAUAAGUGACCACAAGAAGAACACCUUCUUUGCGUUUAGAGACCCCAUAGGGGUAUGUCCCCUCUACAUAGGAUACGCAGCUGAUGGGUCGAUCUGGUUCGCCUCCGAGUUUAAGGCGCUAAAGGAUAGCUGCAUAAGGUACGUGAAUUUCCCUCCGGGGCAUUACUAUAUUAACUGCAAAAAUAAAGGAGAGUUCGUUCGCUACUUUAAUCCCAACUGGUGGGACCUAAGUGCUGCCAUUCCCAACAAUAGAGCUGAUUUGGAACAGAUUCGGGUGCACCUGGAGAGGGCCGUGGUGAAGAGGCUCAUGGGGGACGUGCCCUUCGGGGUGCUGCUCUCCGGGGGGCUGGACUCCUCCAUCGUGGCGGCGAUCGUCGCAAGGCAUUUGAAGAAGAUCCAGGGGGAGGGGAGCGGUGGAGGAAGUGGGGCAGCCGCCGCUCAUCAGGCGGCUCAUGAGGCAUCCCCCCCCAAUGGCGAGGACAACUGCGGGAACCCCCCCGCCGAUUCCUGCCACCUGAAGAGCUUCUCCAUCGGGCUGCGCAACUCGCCCGACCUGAAGGCCGCGAAAGAGGUAGCGAAUUUUUUGGGCAGUCACCACACGGAGUUCCACUUCACCGUGGAGGAGGGAGUGGACUCUCUGCACGAUGUGAUCUACCACAUAGAGACCUACGACAUCACGACGAUCCGAGCGUCCACCCCCAUGUACAUCCUUUCAAGGCUAAUCAAAAGCAGUUGCGUGAAAAUGGUUCUAAGUGGAGAGGGUGCAGACGAAAUCUUUGGAGGUUACCUCUACUUCCACAAGGCCCCCAACCGAGAGGAAUUCCACAGAGAGUUGCAAAGAAAGGUGCAUGACCUGCAUCUGUAUGACUGUUUGCGAGCAAACAAAUCUACAAUGGCAUUCGGCAUCGAAGCACGGGUUCCCUUUUUGGACCUUCACCUUUUAGAUGUAGUAAUGAAUAUAGAUCCCAAAGAGAAAAUGUGUUCAGAGGGUCAUAUAGAAAAGGACAUCCUCAGAAGAGCCUUCGCUGGGUACCUACCUGACCAUAUCCUCUACAGACAGAAGGAACAAUUUUCUGAUGGGGUUGGUUACAAUUGGAUUGAUGGAUUGAAGGAGUAUGCAGAGAGUAAAGUCUCCGACAUACAGUUUUCACGUGCGCCAUUUUUAUUUCCUUAUAACACUCCCAAGACGAAGGAGGCCUACCUGUACCGAUGCAUCUUCUCUGAGUGCUUUCCGGAGCAGUGUGCGCAGGAGUCAGUCCCGGAGGGGUCCUCCAUCGCCUGCUCGUCGAGCAAGGCCGUCGAAUGGGAUGCGUCGUUUAAGCAGAACCCGGAUCAGUCGGGCAGGUCCGUGCUGGGCGUGCACCACAGCGCGAAGCAGUUCGCGGAUGUGAAACCCGUCCAGCUGCCCGACGACGAGAGCAGGGCGCUUCUGACACGUGCCAGUUAG